AGUUAAGCGUUCAACGAUCCCAUUGGCCUUCCACAAGACAUGUACCUAAUACCCUCCCAAACGAUACACCUCCGCCAGCAGCUUGACAACUGCCCAGUUGACCACGAUGCUGUCAAGCUGGCGCUCGGUUCGUUUAUCACAGCCGGCCUCUUACUGUCCUACGUACCGCAGUUCAUUAAAAUUGUGCAAAGAAAAACGAGUGAGGGACUCUCAUUAUGGUUCCUGUUCUUGGGCGCUGUAGGAAUGGCGUCAACUGUUGGCAAUAUGGCGCUGCUUCAAUACCCUUAUGUUCUAUGCUGUAAGCGACCCACGUGGACGCCUUUGAUGUGCUUUGAAAAUACACUCGGACUAACACAAGUGGGCAUUCAAACCGUUUGCUUUAUGACAUGUGUCCUGCUAUACUAUGCUUACUACCCAACCGCCAAAAAGCACAUCCCAAACACCGUACCCCCAGCAUAUACGUCCCAAUGGCGACGAUCCCUUUAUAUUGGUUGUAUCAUCAUCAUUUGGACAGUCAUACUGACUGUAGGCGUCAUAGCGAUUUUGACUAUUGAUGCUGACGCGCUGGGUUACUCGCGUACCGCGGAAUGGGUAGCGGGUGUUUUGGGGUUGAUUGCGAUGCAAACGUCGCUUAUGCAGUUUUUCCCUCAGAUAGUACAUACCUGGUUUGCAAAGGCAGUUGGGGCUCUUAGCAUUCCCACAAUGCUCAUGCAAUGUCCAGGGUCUUUCAUCUUUGUCUACUCUCUUGCUGUCCAACCUGGUGCGAACUGGACCUCAUGGCUUCCCUACCUCGUAAGCGGCGUACUACAGGGGGUGCUGCUAACCAUGUGCAUCGUGUUCUCCAUGAGAAAUAAGGAGGAUUUGGAGGAUGGUGUGCAGGCACCGUUACUGGGCCCCGCAGAUGAGGGAGUAGAUGUCCAGGUAGAAGAUCAAAUCCUCGCUGAUGGGAAUGCACCAGAUUAUGGUACUAUAGCAUCGAAAGCAGAAAGGUAGAUAAAUUCUGGAAUGCGUACCUUUCCUCUCAAGAUACGUGUAAUCGGUAGACCUCAAAAAGCUUCAUGUGAGGAUGUAUAUUGCUUUCGCUUUUCAAAGAUAUAUCACCGCAUUUAGGCCAUAAUACUAUCAAUAUCAAUAUAUAUAUAUAAAUGUG